UCAGGCAGAGCUGCUGGUGCCUCCACAGAACAUCUCCUGAGCGCUGCCUGUGGCUGCCUGAGGCGAGACACUGAGACAGGGACUCCCAGCCACAGGCCUGGAAUCAGGCACAAGGCUCAGCGUUGCCUCCUGAACCUGAUCCUCCUGGAGGAGUGACCCUUGAGGCAAGUCACUGAGCACCGGCGCAGCCUCCUUCUAUGACUCCAUCUGGCUUUGGUUGGCUGUGGGGACAAGCUCUGCGGGGCUGCCUGGGUCUCAGAGCGGUGACAGCAGCCAGACUAUCGGCCACCAUGGCGCAUGCUCGGAACUGAGGAGCCGGGCUCUUCUGCAGCCUCCGUGCGCGCGCUCAGGUCAGGAUGGAGAACAAAGCCAUGUACCUGCACACUGUGAGUGACCGUGACAGCAGCUCCGUCUUUGAGGAGCCCUUUGACGGCAGGAGCCUGUCCAAGUUGAACCUGUGUGAGGACGGUCCAUGCCACAAGCGACGGGCAGGUGGCUGCUGUACUCAGCUGGGCUCCCUGUCAGCUCUGAAGCAUGCUGUCCUUGGGCUGUACCUGCUGGUCUUCCUGAUUCUUGUGGGCAUCUUCAUCUUAGCAGUGUCCAGGCCCCGGAGCUCCCCAGACGACCUGAAGGCGCUGACUCGGAACGUGAACCGGCUGAACGAGAGCUUCCGGGACUUGCAGCUGCGGCUGCUCCAGGCUCCGCUGCAGGCGGACCUGACGGAGCAGGUGUGGAAGGUGCAGGACGCGCUGCAGAACCAGUCGGACUCGCUGCUGGCGCUUGCGGGCGCGGUGCAGCGGCUGGAGGGUGCGCUGUGGGGGCUGCAGGCGCAGGCGGCGCAGACCGAGCAGGCGGUGGCCCUGCUGCGGGACCACACCGGGCAGCAGAGCGACGCGACGCAGCUGGAGCUCUACCAGCUGCAGGUGGAGAGCAACCGCAGCCAGCUGCUGCUACGGCGCCACGCGGGCCUGCUGGACGGGCUGGCGCACCGGGUGGGCGUCCUGGGCGAGGAGCUGGCCGACGUGGGCGGCGCGCUGCGCGGCCUCAACCGCAGCUUGUCCUACGACGUGGCCCUGCACAGCACGCGGCUGCAGGACCUGCAGGUGCUCGUGAGCAACGCCAGCGAGGACACGCGCCGCAUGCGGCUGGUGCACAUGGGCAUGGAGCUGCAGCUCAAACAGGAGCUGGCCAUGCUCAACACCGUCACCGAGGACCUACGUCUCAAAGACUGGGAGCACUCCAUCGCGCUGAGGAACAUCUCCCUCGCCAAAGGACCUCCCGGCCCCAAAGGCGAUCAGGGGGACGAAGGGAAGGAAGGCGAGCCUGGCAUCCCUGGAUUACCUGGUCUUCGCGGUCUGCCAGGAGAGAGAGGACCCCCAGGACUGCCAGGUCCCAAGGGCGAUGAUGGAAAGAUGGGAGCCACAGGACCAAUGGGCAUCCGCGGGUUCAAAGGUGAUCGGGGCCCAAAAGGAGAGAAGGGAGACAAAGGAGACAGAGCGGGGGAUGCCGACUCGUGGUUCGGUUUCUAAGGAGCUCCAGUCCAAGAGGCGUCAACUGGAUCCCUGAGCCCGCAGCUGUGAGGAGGAAGCCACAGAUCAUCUUUCAGGAGAGUGCGGAAAUCCUGAUGAGCGCCGAGUGCCCGCUCCUGGGAGGUUCUGUCAUUCCCCAAGCCCAGGGCAGCCCCACCAUGAGAUGGAACGGGUGGGAAAAAGGACUCAGCACCGAAGUUCUGCCCUCCUCUGCAAAGGAAUGCCGUGGAGACACCCUUCGCGGGUGAUCCAGCUCAGGGAGCCCUUACCAGACACCUCCCACCUUUGGCAGCACAAACCUAAAGUUCUAGCAUGUGGGGUAGUGCCACAUAAAGGGACUGAGAAGAGAAAGAAAUGUCCUACCCCUCAGGUCAGAAUCAGAAAUUGGGGGCUUUCCUUUGAAGAGAGCACUACAGAGAAGAUGUCUUGGGACCCAUGUUUUGAAUUAAUAUUAAAAUAUUUUUCAGGAGAAAAAUAAAAAAAAUUAAAGUUAAAAAAAAGGGUGACUGGGUGGC